AUGUCUGGCCUGAACGCACCCGAGGUCACGGCCGCGUACGACGCGGUCCGCGACGAUAAGGACGACACCAACUGGCUGCUCAUCUCGUACGCCUCCAACGUCGGCAACAAGCUGGAGCUCACGCAGACGGGCACCGGGGGCCUCGCGGAGCUGGUGACCAAGCUGGACGACGGCCAGGUGCAGUACGGCUACGUGCGCGUCGAGUACGCCAACGACAAGGAGAGCACCCGCGUCAAGUUCGUGCUGGCCGUGUGGAUCGGCGAGGGCACAAAGGUGAUGCGCAAGGCGCGCGUCAGCAUCGAGAGCGGCGAGGUCAAGCGCAUCCUGUCGCACCACAGCAUCGCCGUCACCACCAACGACAAGUCGGAGCUGGAGGAGGGGGAUAUUGUGGCGCGGCUGAGGAAGGUCGGCGGCGCCGAUUACAACGGCGGCCGCGGGUGA